UACAAUCAAACGACUACAUUACCCAGCAUCCACUGCGAAACUGCCGCUUCUCGUUCUACAUUCAAACGGUUUGACAGGAUGCCUGGUUUAGUUAACGGUUCAGUUGUGGGCGAUCAUGACCAAGCCUUAACUGAAGCUCUGGAGCAGUUCUGCAACUCCCCGGAGCAAACGUAUGAGCAGUUCCUUUCCACCUUCACGUACCUGACCCCAGAGAAUGUGAGUGAUCCACGAUUGACUGCUCCUAGAGGACAUGGAGACCCGUCCCAGAGAGAGAUGGACAGCAGCCGAGAGCGACAAAGAGAGCAUGAAGUGACAGAGAUGGAGGAGAGUGUAUACAGACGGAUGGGACAGGCAAAUCGCUGCUCACCGACUGCUGAUCAGGAAGAGGUGAUGUUGGAUGGCGGUUGUGUUGGAGGGAGACUGGGUGGUACGUCAGGCUCUGCUCCGGAUAGACCUGUGAAGUUCGAUAAUUAUCUGGAAGAUUCGGAGGCUGAAGAGGAAAAUGCUGGCACUACAGCCACAUCCACACUACCAGGUGAGAUUGAAGAAGAUCUGAUAGCUGUCUCCUCUUCAUCGCUCUGUCACCGCACACUGCUGGAGAUCUCCUCGACUUUCAUAGACCAGAACACACACACUCCCAGUGCAGCUGAGAAUCAGGAUGAAAGCGAGGAGGUUGUUCCUUUCCAUCUGGAUGAGAACUUUGAUUACGACAACGUCGUGCUGUCUCGCAAAUACGCCAUCCAGGAACAGAACGGCAGACCAUCUUGAGCUGUAAAUGAAUGUAACUCUGGCAAAUGCUUCUAACAACUCUGGUUUUACAGAGUAAAGUCCUUGUUAACAUGAUAAUGAUGAUUUUAUUUCGCCAAAGAAUUAGGAGGAAGACAGAUCGGCUCUUUGGAGUGUUAAUUCUGCGGUUUGUAGAAUCUGUUUUCCAGUCUUGGACAUGUUUAAAAAAGUAAUUAGUUAUAGUUACUAGUUACUUCUCACAAAUACACUGUAAAAAAUAAAAAACACAAUUUGUUGAGUCAGCUUAAAAUAAUUUGUUACCCUGCUGCCUUAAUAUUUUAAGUUCAGUCAACUAAAAUAAGUUUAGUCAACUUGAAAUGUUAAGUUGUACUAAGUAACAACUUAGAUAUUUGUGUUUGCUAAACUUAACAGAUGGGUAAGUAACCCAGCAGCCUUAAAAUUUUAAGUUGAUUCAACUCAAAUAUCUAAGUUGUCACUUAGUAUAAUUUAACAUUUCAAGUUGAAUAAACUUUUUUUGAGUUAACUGAACUUAAAAUUUUAAGGCAGCCAGGAUACAAAUUAUUUUAAGUUGACUCAACAAAUUGUUUUUUACAGUGUAGUAACUGAGUUAGUAACCAUUAUAAAAGUAACUAAUUACCAAGGAAAAUAACUAUUAUAUAACUUUUUGUUUUUUAAAAAUGUCAAAUGUGUAAAAUAACUUGGAUGCCCCCAAUAUUAAAUACGAAAAAUUAACUAAAUUUAAAUUAAAAUAUAGCUGCAAGCAGCAAACGCGGGGCCAAGCAUGGCACGGAGUGCCAAACCAACUGAAACAAUGAGGAAUUACAGCCAUUUUAGGAUGAUUUUAGUCAAAAUUGCUGACAAAAUCAUAAAAACAACCACUAGUGAUAUGAUUUAAUGGGUUAUCCCUUUUGACCAAUAGGUGGCGCUGUUAUCAAAUCGAUGUGGUAUGGUCAGUGUAUGGAGACAAUUGCUUGUACAAAGUUUGGUGUUAAUAUGUCAAAGCUUUGCAGAGAUACAGUCUCAGACGUAGUCUGGCAUCAUGCCUCAAAUUUGUUGCAUCACUAUACGAAAAUGGUAAUGUCUAUUGACACUACAUCUAUAACAUUUUGUCAGCACAGUCUGAAGAUGAUCUGAUUUGAUUUUGGUGAAAACUGGACCAACGUUUGAGGAGAAGUUUGAAAAAGUAGGUUUUCAACAGAAAUCAUCAUAAAAUCAUUACAGUAGGCUAAUGCAAACUAAAGUUAUUAGCAUUUUUGGAAAUUUCAUAAUUAAUGGUUAAAGGAGAAGUCCACUUUCCAGAACAACAAUUUACAAAUAAUUUACUCACCCGCUUGUCAUCCAAGAUGUUCACGUCUUUCUCUCUUCAGUCGUAAAGAAAUUAUGUUUUUUGAGGAAAACAUUUCAGCAUUUUUCUUCAUAUAAUGGACUGAUAUGGUGUCCCGAUUUUGAACUUCCAAAAUGUAGUUUAAAUACAGUUUCAAACAAUCCCAAAUGCGGUUGUAACCAAUCCCAGCCGAGGAAGAAGGGUCUUAUCUAGUAUAAAAAGUAUAUAAAGUAUAUAAAUUGUUUUUUCUUUUUAAUGAAAAUAACCGAUCGUUACGCUAGAUAAGAUCCUUCUUCCUCAGCUGGGAUCAU